UCCGGUCCGCCUGUCAGUUUGUCUAUUUAACUGCAUUUUGAAACCCGGAAGGCCGGAGCUAGGGUUUGCCGUAGCCGACUUGUUCCCGCGCCAGCUCACGGUCUACCUCGUCGGCGGAAAUGGUGAAGGGGCGAGAAGGCGAGCGCGUCAGGCUCUACGUCUGUGGGAGGAUCCUCGGGUACAAGAGAUCUAAGUCGAACCAGUACGAGAACACAUCGCUGGUACAGAUCGAGGGGGUGAACACUAAGGAGGAGGUCGACUGGUACUUGGGGAAGAGAAUGGCCUAUAUCUACAAGGCGGCCACGAAGAAAAAUGGAACGCCGUACCGGUGCAUUUGGGGAAAGGUCUGCCGUCCGCACGGGAACAGUGGGGUCGUCCGUGCUAAAUUCAAGACCAAUUUGCCGCCUAAGUCCAUGGGUUCAAGAGUUAGGGUUUUUAUGUACCCUAGCAACAUAUGAGGGCUAGAUGAUCUGAAGAUCCAAAUUGAUUGAGAUGAUUCAGCCUGUGAGUUGAGUUGGUUCUGUCUGAACUUGGACUUGAUUUUUGAACCUGUUCUGUUUGGUGGAUAAACAAAACUGAAGAUUUGUUGAGUGUAAGAAGAGUGGAUGAGGCAGAUGCAGCGGAUGAGAUACAUAGAAUGUAAGGAGGAUGAGGGUGAACUUUUGCCGCACAUCUUAUCAUCCACAUUUUACGGAGACCAUCUGAAGCUCAUUCAGAUUUGUGAUACAGCCGGUUGAUCAAUUAAGUAUUAACAGCAUUUCAGUUGGGGCGUUUGAGGUUUUUAAGCUGUCAAUUUUACAUUGUACAAUAUAUUUUAAAUAAAAUAUAAAAUAUUUUUUUACCCAAAACAUAAGCUUAACAAUAUUCAUAAAGAUAUUGACAAUCUUUGCA